AUGAACAACAAUAGUAAUAUAUUCAGACCACCAUCAUGUCAUAAAGUAUAAACUCCUUAGUUUGCUAAAGAAUAGUAACAACCAAAAAAUGCAAAAGGAAGUAAUAGACAAGUUUUUAGAAGUAUUCCAUUAUAAUGUAAAAAAUAGUCUAGACAUUUAAAUUAAGUCCAAAUUUCAAGAAUAAUCUAAGUUAAAUGCCUUCUACUUAAGAUAGUACAUAAAUAAUUAAUUUUAGCAUUGGAAUAGAAACUAGCAGAUCAGACUUCAGAAAUAAAAUUGCUUUAAAAUCAAAUAGCAGAGUUAAAGAAAUAAAAUGAGUUAUUAGAAUAAAGAUUAAGAAAGGCAAAUUCGGUAAGUAUUAAAUUAAUUUUAGACUGUUUCUGAUUAUUGGAUUAAAGUUAAAGAUACAUAAACAAAACUUCAACAAGUGUCAAACAAAUUUCGUAGCAGCAGAGAGAAGAAAAAAAUGUAUAAAAGAAGAAUAAUAGAUGCUUUGAAUUACUUUUAUGGUCGAUAUACAGAUGCUUAAUGUAUGUGAAAUCAUGAAAAUAGAAUAGAAUGCUCCAUUUUUACAAUUAGAGGAACUAAGAUAAAUUUUAUUACAAUUAGGAAUGCAUGAAUCUAUUGUAUAAGAAAUGCAAUAUUUAAAUCAAUAAGCUUAAAAUUAGUUAAAUGUAAAUAUUGACAAUAUGACUUAUGAACAAAUUUUAAAUCUACAAGAAAGAAUUGGGUAAUUAUAUAAUUACUAUUGUAAGGAAUUAGAAUGUAGGAUUAACAAAAUUAUAAAUAAAAGAGAUUCCAAAAAAAACAAAAGAAGAAAAUGAUAAUGUGGAAGAAAUGUAAAAUAUAUUUAUUCUAUAUAUUUAUAGCUGCACUAUUUGCUAUGAUCAAAUAUAAACUGGAAAUAUAUAUAGAUAAUUACCAUGCAAUCACAUAUAUCAUUCAAAAUGUAUAAAAGCAUGGCUCUUAAAUCAUAAAAAAUGUCCAGUCUGUAAUAUAGAAGUGAUUCUUGGUUCUGAUUAACAUGAGAAUCAUAAUCACUAAUAAACAUAAUGA